AUACCAGUAGAGAUGGGUAGCUUGAUAAACCUUGGGUCCUUGAACAUCUCUCACAACAAUCUCACGGGAAGAAUACCGUCCACACUCGGUGCAUGUGUCCGGUUGGAAGCGCUUCGUGUAGAAGGGAACCUCCUACAAGGAAGUAUUCCACAAUCACUAUCAAACCUCAAAGGGAUCCAAGUGUUAGAUUUCUCCCAGAACAAUCUGUCUGGUACUAUCCCGGAGUUCCUUGAGACCUUCACCUCAUUGGAGUAUCUGAAUAUGUCCUUCAACAACUUGGAAGGACUAGUUCCCACGGGUGGAGUGUUUGCUAAUAAAAGUGGUGUUUUUGUCCAAGGAAACCCACACCUUUGUGCAAACAUUGCAGUAGAAGGAUUGCCUGUGUGCUUUGAUUCGGCAUCUGCAAAAAAGCACAAGUUUUUCAUUCCGAUGAUGAUAGCUCUAUCAACUCUGGUUACACUUGCUUUGAUCUUGGGUAUGUUCAAUUUUUUGUUGAAGCGAAAGUAUACAUCAUGUGAGAGAAUUGGCCAUUCAUACAUGGAGCUGAAGAGAAUAACAUAUGGUGACAUCGACAAAGCAACAAAUAGUUUUUCUCCAGCAAAUGUAGUGGGUUCCGGACAAGUCGGGACAGUUUACAAAGGUUCGUUCUACGUGGAAGACGGUACAAUUGCUAUUAAAGUAUUCAAGCUCAAUCAGCAUGGCGCAUUGGAUAGCUUCAUUGCUGAGUGCAAGGCAUUGAAACACAUCCGUCACCGGAACCUUGUGAAGGUGAUAAUUGCAUGCUCAACUUAUGACCUAGUGGGAAAUGAGUUCAGGGCUCUAGUCUUUGAGUAUAUGGCAAAUGGCAGCCUUGAAAACCGACUUCAUAGCCAGGUUGGUGAUCAGAGUCUAGGGGCAGUGAUAGGCAUAUCAGUUGACAUUGCUUGUGCUCUUGAGUACCUCCAUAACCAGUGCAUCCCGCCGGUUGUUCACUGUGACCUGAAGCCAAGCAACAUACUUUUCGACCACGAUAAUACCGCGUGCGUCUCUGACUUUGGUCUAGCGAAGCUAAUUCAUGGAUGUUCAUCUGGAGGGCAGAGCAGCACAACAAGUAUAGUUGGACCAAGGGGAUCUAUUGGGUACAUACCUCCUGAGUAUGGCAUGGGCUGUGAAAUCUCGACCGAGGGAGACGUCUACAGCUAUGGCAUUGUUCUUUUGGAAAUGCUAACACGGAAACGACCUACCAAUGAAGAGUUCAGUGAUGGCAUGACGCUCCGGAAGUAUGUAGAUGCAUCGCUUUCACGAACCCAAGACAUUCUUCACCCCGGUCUUACUUCACAGACGACAGAGCAGCGUGUCGAUCAUAUCCCAAACUUGCAAGAAUACAACACACUUGCGCUGAAGGAUAUAUGUGCUCUCCGACUCCUUAGACUUGGCUUAUUAUGCUCCGCGGAAUCACCGAAGGAUCGCCCAGCGAUGCAUGAUGUCUACGGUGAAGUAACUGAAGUAAAAGAGGCAUUUUUCUCUAUGGACAACUGA